AUGGAUACCUCUCAGCUCCCAUUAGACGAGCAACUCACCCACCUCCGUAAAACCCUUUCCACAAAUGAAACGCUUGUCAAAGUCCUCACCCUCGCGCGGACCCUCGCGCGGACCCUCGAGCUCCCCAACUGGUACCUAGCCGGCGGCGCCGUCUCCCAGACGAUCUGGAACUCGGUCGCCGGCCUGGCCCCCGACACCGGCAUCUCCGACUACGACCUCGUCUACUUCGACGACUCGGAUCUCUCUUACAAGGCCGAGGACGCCGUGAUCCGCCGCGGCCGCGAGGUCUUUGCGGGGAUCCCUGUCGAGGUGGAGAUCCGGAACCAGGCGCGGGUGCACCUGUGGUACCCCACCAAGUUCGGCGUGCCGUGCCCCCAGCACAAGUCGGUCGAGGCAGGCAUCGACACGUGGAUCUCGACGAGCGCGAUGAUCGGGGUGAGGCUCGAGGAGGAUGGCCGGUGGAAGGUGUAUGCGCCGAUUGGGCUCUCGGAGUAUUACAGGAUGGUGACGCCUUUGUCGUUUACGAAGGAAACGAAGAGCGAUCCAGUUUUUGAUCAUCAAAGCCGUACUUGA